UAAAUCGGACUCCGAGGAGCCAGGAAGUAUGCAGCGCGACAGAUAAAGUCGAGAGGGCGGGCGUUUGUUGUCAGUGGACGGGGAUCACACGCUUCAGGGUGAGAGGGAAUUAUAGCCGAGUGCGAAAUUGAGCCUAAUCCAUUGCAGUGGCAGAGACUGACCACUCAGUAGUUUAGAUUUGAAAGCGGGGAGAGAUCACGACCCUGCUUACAAUUAGGUAAAUAUUACGUUAGCACAUUGCUACGAAGCAAGACGGAAGAGAAUAGAAGCGGGAUUGCUGUUAUUUCACGGCAAAGGUUUGUCUUGCUCACAAAACAAUUAGAAUCAAGGAACAUUUCUCAGCAAAGCUUCAAGAUGCCUCGGGUGGUCCCGGAUCAAAGGAGCAAGUUUGAAAACGAAGAAUUCUUCAGAAAACUCAGUCGGGAGUGCGAGAUCAAAUACACAGGUUUCCGAGACAGACCGCACGAGGAGAGGCAAGCCAGGUUUCAGAACGCUUCUAGAGACGGUCGCUCAGAAAUAGCUUUUGUGGCGACGGGCACCAACCUCUCGCUGCAGUUCUUCCCAGCCAACUUGCACGGGGAGCAGAGGCAGACGCCCACACGAGAUUAUGUGGACUUUGACCGGGAGACGGGAAAGGUGUACCUGAAGGCCCCUAUGAUCCUGAAUGGAGUGUGUGUGACCUGGAAGGGCUGCAUAGACCUGCAGCGCUUGGAUGGGAUGGGCUGUCUGGAGUUCGAUGAGGAGAGAGCACAGCAUGAGGAUGCCCUGGCGCUAGCAUCCUUUGAGGAGUCGCGUAGGAGGACCCGGGACUUUGAGGACAGAGACCGCUCACACCGAGAGGACCUGGAGGACCCUGUGGCAUCAAAAAUCUGGGACUGAUGGCAUUCAAGGACCAGGGUCUGUCUUCUUUGCUUUUCAAUGUCCCUCUGUCAUGCACUAAACCCUGUGUGUGUGUGUGGUGUCUGUGUGAGUGUGUUUGUGAAUCAACACGAGAGCAUGUGCAUGUAUGUGAACAAUUUGAAGUAUCUGAGUCUGCCUGUUUUAGUGCCUGCAUGUGCAGAGAGAGAGAAUGAGUGAAUGACAGAAAGAGAGAAAUAAAGUUACAUAUGAACUGUAUCUGUUGAGUUAACACACUGUGUAAUGAAUGCUUAGUGAUAAUGUGGGUUCCUUCCCUCUCAACCCCAUAAACUGUCUCAGGGUCAGUCAUAUGAAUAUGCUUUAUGGAUUUUUUUAUGCAUUUUAUGAUAGUGGGACGUGUGCAGGUCAGGACAUCCUACCAGGGUAUAAGCUGGAAGACUGGAAGACAGACCCCCCACACACACUUUCCCCCAGUGCCUAAUGGAGAACAGACCUCCACACACACACCACCCACCCACACCCUGCUGCCGGAGGAGUACGCUGCAAGGCCUGCUGGGACAUAUCUGCCACAGCUUGGCAGCACAUGAUGAGGGAGAGCGAGGGAGGGAGAUCUGAAACAGGGCUUUCAUGUUCACAUCUAGUAUUUCUUACCUCCGAAACAUACCUUCCAGCUCCCUCAGGAAGAAUUGUCUCCUUUCUUCUGAAAAUCUAUAAGGCAAUGCUCUUUAUGAAGAUAUUAUGUAUUGGUCAAAGAAAAAUAACAUAUAAUUAUUUUCUCUACUGACAUCGAGCCUGGAGGCUCAGAUGUCAAACAGAACCGUGUGUGGAAGGUGUGCACGUCGUCAACGUAUGACAUAAACUGUAUUCUAACGGAAGACUUUCCAUGUGUUUCAUUCUCAAAUACUGACUGACUGUGGUGGAAACAUGAAACCCCAUAAUCAUUUUCAUUACAUUUAAAUGGUAAAAAAAAAAAUCCAAGUUACAGUAUGUAGUCUCAUAAACUGCUGUGAUCCAGAAUUUUCUGAUUGGACUGUAGCAUUUAGCGAUUUCUUUAAUUAGUGAAUCCCCUUUCUCUGCUGUCAUCUCAGGGAAGGAGAUAGAUGCUAUUGUUGGUUUUAUUGUAGAUAAAGAUUUGCAUUUGGACAUCAGGACCCUGUUUUUAUGUGAUAUGGGCGCCUGGCCCUUGAGUACAUUCAGCCAUUGCAUUUCUGUGGUCUGAACUUCUACUCAGUCCACUAUAACUCAAGGCCAACAGCACAAUGACAGUCUGCCAUCAGUGGUAGCUGGGAGGCCUCUUAAGGGUUUAGAAACCUGUCAUUUAGUUCAGAAAUCACAGCUCUUCUCUCGCAGGGAUGUCAGUGUCAGCUCUUGAGAAUGUAUGUCUAAGUACAGCAUAUAAGGUUAAUUCCUCUGCUGUGUGGCCUGUACUUGUUCUGAUCACUGUAUAAUGAAUAUGUAUAAUGCAUAUUGUCCAGGUUUUAUGUUUUUCCUGUGUGUGUGCAUGCGUGUUCAUGUGCGUGUGAGAGCGAUUCAGGACAGGACAGUGAUGGCCAUCUAGAUGAUUGAUGAAGAUAAGAUGGAUGCAGAAGAAAUGGUCCAGUGUUCAUUAGGCCCCAUUCUGCUGGUGGAGUUAGAGGAUGAAUGAUGUGCUGCCAGUAAAAGUAUUAAUAUAGCAUUAGUAUUGAUUUUUAUUAGGAUCCCUGUCUGCCCUGCCUAAUCUCAGCUCUAUUGACUUGUGGUACAGGCUAGCGCUCUGCCGGCUGGCUCAAUGAUGGAUCACUGUGCUUGUCCUCUCCUCUCCAGCCCCCCCCACUCCCCCUGUAACUACGACAACACUCCACUCAGGGCUGAGGCUUUACUGUAACGCUUCUCCUCAAAAUAAUCAUAUUUUGUCUGUAGAGUAGUUGCUGCACUUCACACAGUAUAUUAUUACAUAUAAAAGUUGAAUACUUCCUGAUGUUUCUUUAUAUUACUCCUUAACUCUGCUUGUCUUGGAGGUUGGUCCUGUUCACAUUGCAUGGUGUGUGGCCUGAGACAUUGUUUUUUCUUCAACCAUUACCAAACCGUAACUGGUGUAUUUGGCUCACUGACUCAAGGACAGCUCUGACGCCUUCCGUUUGUAAUCUGGGUGAAUAUGAGUGAUAACUAAGGCAGAAGCAUUCGUGUGUGUGUCCAUGCAUAUGUGUGUUGUUGUUGUCAAAAUCACUCUGCAACUACUGAGUAAAACUUUGAUCGGCCAGUUCAUAAAAUCUUGUUAAGUUCAUAAAAAUCUUCUUAAAUUAUUUAUAUUUAACUAUAGGGCUAUUAAUUGUUUUGAAGACACUCUAUUUACAUUUAUGAUUCUGAAGUGGAAAAAUGGAUGAGCAUCAGUGUCUCUUUUAGGAUUAAAGUAGUAGACUGAACCAGGGUUAGAAGGAGCUAUUAUGGUGAGUCAUUUGGAUGACGACUACAUGCCAUUUCAGCUGAGAGACCAGCGUCUGCUUUCUCCCUCUGUCUGCCUGUCUGUCUGCCUGUCUGUCCUUCUGUUUCACAGAUCUCUAUGUUGGGAGAGAUGUAGAUGCAGACACAUAAACAUAUGUAUCUGUGACAGGCAGACGAGUCAUUUUUUAUUUUUAAAGCAUGUUAUGUUGAAGACUUCCCCGACGACUAAUGACUGUCUGCUAUUCGGCCCAAAAAAGAAAAUCCAUUUUUAGCCUCAGCUGGAAGCUCUCUGGUGCCCUCUGCUGAAUAUACUGUAUGACAUAUACUGCACUCACUUUUGCCCCAUCUAAGGCCAUUCUCAACACAUUACACACACACACUCAUGAUAUUGUGUGCUAUAUUAAAUCUGCCCCCCCUCCAUCUCUCUCUCCCUGUGCCAACAGCCCAGGCGACAGCAGGACCCCAGCCCUGGCACCAACAUGGGCAACAACGCUGAUGAUCACAAGAUUCGCUAGAGGCCAGAGAGACGCAGGGGGUGGGGUCAUGGUGACCUGUCCAUCGUACUAGGCCAGUCUCACACCCUGUCACCAAGCUGUUAACUGGAGAGACCAAAGUCCACAUUGCUAGGGAUUUGGGGGUGGGUGGGGGUGGGGCCCUUUUUAAUUUUAAGAAGGGACUGGGUGAGGUGGGUGUCCAUUUUUAAGUGUGGUGUAAGAGGAUCGACCCAAACAUCCUUGUCUUCGGGGGGGUUUUGCACUAUCUGAUACAUUCAGUUUAGUACCCACAUUGCCUUCUGUAUGCAUGGAGCACCUGCCUACCUAUGUUUUCUUUUGUCCCUCUAUGCAAGCUAUUUCGGCAGCACUUUCUUUUACAAUGCUUUAUAAAUAGGAAAUUACUGGGUGAUUAAAUGGAACACAUUUGUUCUUAAAUAAUUACAUAUUCUUCCUAAAUUGUUACAUUUCUAAUAAUUCCAAAUAUCUUCCAUCUUCCUUAUUGUUUCCCAUAAAGUUUGUUUCAAAUCAGGUAGCAACCUGAGGAGCACUGAGCAUAAAUGUAUUUCACGCUAAAUUCUAAUCUAUUGAUAAUUACAAUCAGAAGUUGAAGCAAUAACAAAGCGUUCACCCUGCCCCUGUUUCGGUAAAAAGCUGAGGGAUGGGGCUAGAAAAAUGCAACCAUUCUCAAAUUCAUAGACAGAGCUAUGGAUGCAAGGACUGACUAUCCAUAAUAUCAAAAUUAUAGUUUUAACCAUGUUUUGAGGCUGUAUAGUCUUUGUUUACAUUUAUUUUGUUUAGAAACAUUGGGGUAAAACAAGCUUCCCACUGGGCACACACUGAUUAAAUCAAUGUUGUUUCAACAUAAUUCAAUUCAAUUACGUUGAACCAACGUGGAAAAGACUUUGAAUUGGUCUGUGACCAGUGGAUUAUAUUUUGGGUUCUGAUGCGGCAAGACAGUUGAACUAAGCUUAUGAGGCAUUUAUAAAUUACAUUCUUCAAGAAUCAAUGGGUAUGUAUCAUUAAUUUUCACUACAUGACAAAAAGUAUGUGGACACCUGCUUAUCAAACAUCUCAUUCCAACAUCAUGGGCAUUAAUAUGGAGUUGGUCCCCCCUUUGCUGCUAUAACAAUCUCCACUCUUCUGGGAAGGCUUUCCACUAGAUGUUGGAACAUUGCUGCGGGGACUUUGUUUCCACUCAGCCACAAAAGCAUUAGUGAGGUCGGGCACUGAUAUUGGGCGAUUAGGCCUGGCUCGCAGUCGGCGUUCUAAUUCAUCCCAAAGGUGUUCGAUGGGGUUUAGGUCAGGGCUCUGUGCAGGCCAGUCAAGUUCUUCUACACCGAUCUCAACAAAACAUUUCUAUAUGGACCUCGCUUUGUGCACGAGGGCAUUGUCAUGCUGAAACAGAUAAGGGCCUUCCACAAACUGUUGCCACAAAGUUGGAUGCACAGAAUCGUCUAGAAUGUCAUUGUACUCUGUAGUGUUAAGAUUUCCCUUCACUGGAACUAAGGGGCCCGAACCAUGAAAAACAGCCCCAGACCAUUAUUCCUGGCACUAUUCAUUGGGGAAGGUAGCAUUCUCCUGGCAUCCACCAAACCCAGAUUUGUCCUUUGGACUCCCAGAUGGUGAAGUGUGAUUCAGCACUCGCUGGUCCCGUUCUGUGAGCUUGUGUGGCCUACCACUUCGUGCCUGAGCCGUUGUUGCUUCUAGAAGUUUCCACUUCACAAUAACAGCACUUGCAGUUGACUGAGGCAGCUUUAGAAAUUUUACGAACUGACUUGUUUGGAAGUUGGCAUCCUAUGACAGUUCCAUGUUGAAAGUCACUGAGCUCUUCAGUACGGGCCGUUCUGUUACCAAUGUUUGUCUAUGAAGAGUGCACAUCCACUAAUAUGAAGGGGUGUCCACAUACUUUUGGCCAAGUAGUUUAAAUGUCCAAAAAUGAAUGUAGCAACUAUAGUUUUGAAAUAGGCCUUUUUUGGUUCCAUGUAGAAUAACCAUUUUUGAUUUCAUGUAGAACCCUCUGUGGGAAGGGUUCUACCUGGAACCAAAAGGUUUCUAUCUAGUUCCAGAAAGGGUUCAAAAAAGGGUUCUCCUAUGGGGACAGCCGAAAUAACCCUUUUAUGUUCCAGAUAGCACCUUCAAGUACAAAUAGUUACCAAUCAAUCACCUAUAUAUUUUGUAUUUAUAAAGGACUAUAAAAGAUUGCUUAACAGCUAUAAUUUAUCAUAUUAUAGCACUAUUUUAAUGAAAUUGUAUUUUUUAUUAUUUUAUUCAUGUUUUGUGUGAAAGUCAUGAUGUUUACUUUUUUAUUUCUUUUCUCUAUAUAUAAAUACUGUAUUUGUAUGUCUUUAUGCUAUCGUAAGGGAUAUCAGUAGAAUAUGUAAAGUUGUGUUCAAGAAAAGUUACUUUUUCAAAGAGACUGUUGAUUUGCCGGAUGAGGAAGGUCUAUCAACCUCAGCGCUUUCUGUCUUCCUGUCUCCUCCAUGUUAGCAGCAUAUUUUAACAGUCUUUGAACAUGACUCUAGCAGCACAUAGCGCACAAUGAGGUCAGUGUCUCUGAGCUCGCUCUUUGGAAGUCGAGGUAAAGAGGCUUUCUCCUCUGCAUUGUUUUUUUUUAUUAUUCUCUUUAUUUCACGUUUCAUCCAGAUCAGAGUUUGUAACGUCUAAGCAGUAACUUUCUCUUUUUUUGAUCCAUUGCGGCUUCAUUCCAGAGGUUUGUCGCACAUUUUGAUCCAGCUCUGGGAUCUAUCUCCCUGAAAAUGAUGCAAGGACACAGUAACAUUAUCUCACUAACUUACCCUCCAGUUUUGUUUGGUAUGUUUCAGGUAAUCUGAAUAUCUUUGAGUUUCAUCAACUAUUGUGCUGUUGUCAGUGUUUCUUCCUCUUUAUAGGAAUACAGUUUUAACAGUUCAUUCAUAUGAAUUUAUCUGUACUGGGGAUUAGAGAGAGCAACAUCUUUAAAGAGAUUGAAGACUCUCUAUUGCAAUAAAUGAUGUGUGUAAACCCUGAAUGGCUAACACGGGGCACUGUAUUGAAGCCACCAUGCAGCCAUCUUGGUACUCCUUCUCCGUUGUCAAAGAUUUAGGAAGGUAUAGAAAUGCAUUUAUUAAUGCCUACAUUUGUUUUUGACACAUUUAUUCUCUUACAGACACAUUAACGCAUACUUUUAAAUUAUAUGCGAGUUAAACAUUUUUAAAAAAUGAAUCAUCUCUAAAAACUUUUUUUUAGAGAGUACUAAAGUUACUGUCCCCAUUACAACAACAAAAUACUCAAAUACAUGUAAUUUUGACCAUACAUUUUUUUCCCCCAAAUACUGUAGAAUCAUUCAUUCCUAUAGAUGCGGUAAAGAGGUCAAUCGAACUUGACCAAAACAAUGGAAAUGCCAUGGAAAUGUGUGGGGGCAAAAGGCCAUGGGGGAAAAAGAGCCUAAAUUUAGGCUAUUGUUUAUAUGUGUAUUUCUCACUAUGUUGAGGUGAAAAUUGCAGUAUAACGCUUUUAUGGAUGUCAACCCCAACACAUGUUCAUGUCAUCUUUACCAAUAAAUUGCAUUACAGUUAAAAACGAAUUUGACUACCACCAACGAUUUCUGUAUGCUAGCUAUAGUUCUGUAUGCUAGCUAUAGUUCUGUAUGCGGGGGCGGCAGGGUAGCCUAGUGUUUAGAGCUUUGGACUAGUAACUGAAAGGUUGCAAGUUCAAAUCCCAGAGCUGACAAGGUACAUAGCUGUAAAUCUGCCCCUGAACAGGCAGUUAACCCACUGUUCCUAGGCUGUCAUGGAAAAUAAGAAUUUGUUCUUAACUGACUUGCCUAGUAAAAUAAAGAAAAAAUUCAAAAUAAAUUAGCUGUAAUUCUGUAUGCUAGCUAUAUUUCUGUAUUCUAGCUAUAGUUCUGUAUGCUAGCUAUAGUUCUGUAUGCUAGCUAUAGUUCUGUAUGCUAGCUAUAUUUCUGUAUGCUAGCUAUGCUCACCAGCUUAUACGAACAGGAGUUAGCAUAUAGCAGUCACAUCUUCUAAACCUGAAAAGGGUCAACUUCUACAGACAAAUAUAUCCAAAUCGGACUUAAGAAACCACAUUGAGUACCUGCUACAAUACGUAUAUAAUGACGGAUUUGAUGAAUACUCACUUUGUUAGAUCAGAUUUGUUGACUGUGCGCCAAUCUGGCAUAUGGAACGUCUGCAUUCCAUUGACUCCUUUAACACAUCUAUGGAGGACUGCUCCUACUGGGUAGUGCCAAUAUGGUUGACCGGUGGCUUCAAAGGCUCGCAAUGGCCAAUACAUAGAAUCAGCAAUCCAGGGUUUAUAUAAACCAUUGAUUGCAAUCCAGCACUGUUUCAACCAGUCAUGAAAUAUUGGGAUGAAAUAGACCAAGAGUCAGUCUGGGGCUGAAUAAACUGCAUAUGAAAUUAAAGGAGAGCUCUAUGGUCAAGUCUAGCAGCAGUGAUGAACCUGUGGUUUUCUUCCAUUAAUUUCUAAUGCAUCAGCUCAGUAUUUUAUUCAAAGUUAAUUUGCUUUCAUUUGAAGAAAGAGGAAAGGUGGAGGAAGAAGCCUAUGUUUUGUAAAGGGACAAACGUUAGACAGCAAGUUGUAAGAUGUUGUUGUGCAGGUCAGAAAUGAUGGGGUUUAGGUGGACAGAGGGAGAGGCAGUGGGUUGUCACAUUUUGCUAUCGAAGCAAAUUCUAAUUUCAUACUGCAUGGGAUUGUAUUUCCUUGAGUUAGGUUCUUAUGUUUUUAUCCCAAAUACUUCUAUAACACAUAUUUGCAUAAUGUUUCACAUCCCACUAAUGAUGCCGCUCUUUUGCAUUUACAUCACAUAAAAACAAUGUGUAAGGCUUUAGCUUGUUGCUUUAGUGUAUCAAAGAUUUACACAGUCAGUCAUCUCAAGGUAGCAUACCAAUGUGGGUAACAGGAACGAACAUGUUUACGUUAUCUUCCAUCGACCUUUGUGAUGUUUAAACAAUGUGUAAAGUAUUUCACAAUAUUCUGGGAACUCUAUUUCAAGUGGUUUGUUUGAUAUCUACUCCAGUGUAUAGAUUACCUGAUAAAAGUGUCAGUGUACAAAACAUGUUGGACACUCAGAAACUAACUGGCCUACCUCCAGCUGCAACCAAAAACAAAUAGAAAUCUUGGGUAUUUUUUACUUCACAAUUUUGUGAAUCUUUAUUUCAUUUAAAUGUUUGUUACAGAUGUAGGAUCAUCAUUUGAACCAGUUUGCUACAGCAGGAAAAUAAUCCUGCAGCAACAGGAAAUGUGAAUUACUAUGUGGAUUUUAAUGAAUGGACAUUAAAUGUUUCUUAAGGGAAAAUCUGAAAUGUCAAAGUGGAGAUACAUCUCAAAUACACAACACGUUUUAAAUGUUGUGCAUUGCAGGAAAGUUAUCCUGCAACAGGGCGAUCAAAUUAAGAUCCUACAUCUGUAAAUAGUGUGAUCUGUGUGCAUGAGGUCAGGAAUGUCCAAAACACUGGAGUUAUGAUAUACCCUACCUAGUGAUGGUGUCCCAGCCUAGAUUUCCAACAUAACUGAUUACAAUCCCUGGAGAACAGGCCCUCCUCUCGUCUCUCCCUUCAUGUGUAGGCCUACUCCCCAGAGCCCCAGCUAGCUGGUACCCCUGUCUGAGCUUCUCCCGUCACUUUAAUGCUGGCAUUAAUGCUGGCAAUAACACCAGAGACUGUCCUAGUUAUUUUUUAUAAAUUGUUUAUUUUAUUAUUUGUUUUAAGUUAUUGAUACAGGUUGACCUUUGUUUUGUUCAGGUUACGCAAUGAAGAACUGUGUAUUUCUGUGUUUAAUGGCCUAUCUUUUAACAUUUUACUGAAUAGUUUAGGUUUCUUUCUCUCUGUUUUAUGGUUUAGCUUGUAUGGCUUGUUUUGUUAAGGGGAAACUUAAAUAUGAAAUGUUGAAUUUAACAUGUUUCGUAAUAAAUUUGUAACAAUCGUUGUA